AUGUUUGUGAACAAACAUGCUGAGAAGGCACCAAAUCUACCCAUAGGAAAUGAAUGUUGGUAUCUUCCCUUUUUUGGGGUAUAUCAUCCCAAAACACCUGGAAAAGUGAGAAUUGUUUUUGAUUCGUCGGCUAAGUUUAGCGGAUCUUCAUUGAAUGAUGUCUUAAUAAAAGGACCAGAUCUAACAAACAAUUUAUUAGGUGUUUUACUUAGAUUCCGUAAAGAGGCUGUAGCAGUGACAGCAGACGUAGAACAAAUGUUUUACAACUUUAAGGUAACAGAUUCACAUAGAGACUAUUUGCGUUUUGUAUGGCAUGAAAACAAUGAAGUUCAUCGCCCUCUUAUUGAUUACAGAAUGACUGUACAUGUUUUUGGGAAUAGCCCUUCUCCCUCUGUUGCCACAUAUUGCUUAAGGAGAGCAGUGCAAAAUGCAGAUAAUGACAUUCAGGACUUUGUUUAUUACAACGUUUAUGUUGAUGAUGGGUUGAUGUCAUGCCCAGAUGUCGAGUCCGCAGUUGAUCUUAUGAAGCGAUCUCAAAAGGCUCUUGUAGAUGGUGGUGGAUUACGACUCCAUAAAAUAGUGUCAAAUAGUAAAGAUGUUCUUCAAAGCUUCCCAUCGGAAGACUUAUCUGCGGACCUCAAAAACCUGGACCUUGGAUCUGAAACUCCUCCUGUACAACGCAGCCUAGGACUUUCAUGGGACAUUUAUGUCGAUCAAUUUACAUUCAAAGUGUCUUCAGAGAAAAAGCCGUACACUUGCAGAGGUGCCUUGUCGGUCAUUAAUAGCAUAUUUGACCCUAUUGGGUUUGCGUCUCCAAUUACAAUGAAUGGAAAACUAAUUCUCCGAGAGAUGAUGUCAGAAUCUGGACCUACAAAUUGGGAUGAAGAUCUCCCUGAUCAUUUGAAAUUAAGAUGGGAAAAUUGGGUAUCCUCAUUGGUUCAUCUUCAAAACUUACAAAUACCACGAAGAUAUUCAGACAUAUCAUUUUUAAACUCUACUCAUUUGGAGGUUCAUGUAUUCAGUGAUGCGUCAAAGGACGCGAUAGCAUCUGCUGCUUAUUUGAAAUUGUUUGGUGAAAAUGAAAGUGAAGUCUCCUUUCUGAUGGGCAAAGCUAAAGUAUCGCCAGUACACAGCCACACAAUACCGCGCUUAGAGUUAUGUGCAGCUGUCCUUUCAGUCGAGAUUGCAGAUACUUUGAAAGAACAACUCAAAUUAGACUCAACUUAUUUUCAUUUUUAUACUGACAGUAAUGUUGUUUUAGGUUACCUAACUAAUGAAACACGUAGAUUUUAUGUUUAUGUGAGCAACCGAGUAAACCGAAUAAGAACAUCAAGUUCUCCCAGCCAAUGGAGCUACAUUUCAACUGAUCUGAACCCAGCAGAUGUAGCAACAAGAAGUCUUAAUACUUUAGAUUUACCCAGUUCAGUCUAUCUACAGGGACCAACAUUCUUGAGUCAAGAUUCAGAUAUUGGAAAACAAAUGUAUCCACUUGUCGACCCAAAUGAUGAUAAAGAAGUCCGUCCGUCUGUAGAUACUAAUAAAACUGACAUUAAUGAGGAAGUAGGAUUGUCAAGCAGGUUUUCUCGGCUUGCAUCUUGGAAAAGUCUAGUGAGAGCUAUUUAG